AUGUUUGGCAGCUCUAGUUCCCCACCAAAAGACUCGCCCGCGGCUUCCAGCACACCUACUACCACCUCUUCCGAAUCCAGCACCGAUUCAUCAACCGAUCUCAAUAACCCAGGCGAUGCAUCAACCGCAUUAAGAGCUCUCGAUGGUGAGAGUAACACGUCGGAAAAGCGCAGCGGUAAUGGUAGUCCCCCAGGUCGCGCAAUUCCAGGCGAUGGUUCAGGAGAGAAGAAACGCCGGAGUAGCGGCGUCGGUGGUAAAGCCAGCUCUCUUCUUGCCAGUGCGAAAAACUCAUUGCACUUCAGUCAAAGUCCUAAUUCUUCGGGAUUCAUGUCUGGUAGAUCGAGUGAUUCGGUUACGCAGACGCCCUUGCAGAAGCUGGGAAAACAAGAUCCGGCAUUGACGGUUCCGCAGGGUCAGCAUAAUAAUUCGGCCGGAGAAUCUCGUCCGGGUCCUAGAUCUACCUUUAAAGUCGGGGUUUGGGAGGAUAGAAAUAAGAAAUGUCGUCGAACGAUGGAAGAUACACAUGCCUUCUUGUAUAACUUCUUACAUACACCGGCUCCAGUUGUGGGAACCGAUUCCAAUUCGAAAUCGGAAAAGUCUGAGAAGGUCGCAAGUGAUUCAUCCGAUAGUCUUGCUAAGCCAGGACCUGCACAGUCUAUGAUGGAAACGGAUAAUGGUUAUUUCGCAAUCUUUGAUGGCCAUGCAGGUACAUUUGCGGCGGAUUGGUGUGGAAAGAAAUUACAUCUCAUAUUGGAAGAAACUAUACGAAAGAAUCCAAAUACACCCAUUCCUGAACUUCUCGAUCAAACCUUUACAACUGUUGAUGCGCAAUUGGAGAAACUACCUUUGAAAAACAGUGGCUGCACUGCCGUUACUGCGGUUCUUCGCUGGGAGGAUAGGAUACCAAACCCUUCAUCUGCUACCGGUUCUACUGCUAUUGCACCAGCAACCGCCGCUGCUGUCAAAGCUGCCGAGGAAGCUCCAAAGACUGGAGAUAAUGGUGUAGAUUUGAGCAAAUCCACUUCGCAACAACCAAAUUCUGCUGUAAAUGUUCCUACUGGAGAUGUUCAGGCGAAACUCAAAAGCACUUCUACUCGUGCCAGAGUUCUGUAUACGGCUAAUGUUGGAGAUGCACGUAUUGUAUUAUGUCGUAAUGGAAAGGCUUUACGUCUAUCUUAUGAUCAUAAGGGUAGUGAUGAGAAUGAAGGAAAACGUGUUGCAAAUGCAGGUGGUUUGAUUCUCAAUAACCGUGUCAAUGGUGUUUUGGCAGUUACUCGUGCAUUGGGAGAUGCAUAUAUGAAGGAUUUGGUCACAGGUCAUCCAUAUACAACUGAAACUGUUAUACAGCCUGAUGGUGAUGAAUUCAUUAUUUUGGCUUGUGAUGGUUUAUGGGACGUCUGUUCAGAUCAAGAAGCAGUUGAUCUAGUUCGUCAUCAGCAAGAUCCUGUCACCGCAGCUAGACAACUUGUUGAAUAUGCUCUUGCUCGUUUCAGUACGGAUAAUUUAUCUUGCAUGAUCGUUCGAUUUAAUCGACCGCUUCUUGUUGCAACCGCUAAAGAUACUCAUGCUGCUAUUGGUGUCGAAGGUGAUGGUAAUAUGGGAUCUGGCAAACUUUCCGAAGCAGACAAAAUUGUCUCAGAAUCCAAGAAAAAGGUUGAUGAUGGCGCGUCAAAUCUCGGUAUUAGUGGUAGCAAUAGUGGAGCUGGACAUGAUUCCAAGUUCGACGGAGCGGUAGAAGAAGAUGAAGGAAUCAUCCCAAUGGAAAUUGUAGUGGAAGAGGAACCUCAGUCUUUGGAGAGUGAUUCUUCAGCCCCCGAAAUAGAUUUAAGUAUGGUGGAGAAAGCAAAGGCGGAGGAGACGAGCAAAAACUUGCAUUUACCGGAAGGAUCUGCUAAGUGA